AUGUGUCGUCAGCAGGCAACAGCCAUAGCUUCACCCGCAGUCAACUUUGCAACGCCAGCAUCCCCUUCCGCCACAGUCGCUGUUCCUCCGGAGGACACCGGAAGACCCGGUGAACCUUCAGCAUCCGGCACAGUCCCCUCGACAACCCCAAGUAGAGGAGGAAGGCUGCAAGGUGAAAGUGGCCAAGACCAACAGUCAGAGUCACUCGUCGGCAACCUCUUCAAGAGCCGCGAUGCACCCUCUUUCUUUGGUUCCUCCUACUUCGGUCCUCAAGCCGCAGCAAAAAUCAUACAAGCCCCCGCACCGGAACUCUCGUCCGGUCUGUCUCAAAAGGCUAAAGCAGGCUCAACGCAUUCAUUCCGCGACGAAGGUGGCCCUUUUUCGCAGAUAUGGGAGUUGCUGGGGUUGCUCCCGCGAAAGAAGUCAACCUGUGAUCGAUUGGCGGACUGCUUCUUGAACGAGCUCAACUGGGCAAUUGACGCAGUACAGCCGACCUCGUUCAAGGCCAAGUACGAAAACUUCUGGUCUCGGAAAUUCGGGUUUGAUGAUUUCGCUACAAUCGACCUCCGUUGGCUGGCACUGCUGUUCAUUGUUAUGGCCUACGGUGUGCUCCUGGAUUGCCCAAGACCGCGGAACAAAGAGAUCCAACGCGAAGUCUACGACACCUCGCAGCGGUUCUACUGGGCUGCCCGGAGAGCUAUCGUAAUUGCCCCGACUUUCUAUGGCGAAUCUACCGAUCUCGUCCGAGCCGGCGUUCUAGUAACGCGUUACCUGAUUUAUACUCGUCGUGUGCCUGAAUCGUGGUUGACAACUAGCUUCGCGAUGCGCAUGGCCCAAGCCCAGGGCAUGCACAUCGACGGCGAGAGGUGGAGGCUUCCCAGGAAAGAGACAGAGACCAGACGGCGGCUCUGGAGCAAUCUUUAUAUGCUCGAUAAGACCAUUGCCCUCGCUCUCGGACGGCCGUUCGCCAUCGUCGACCAACAGUGUCUGGUGAAGCAGGCCUCCAACGUAUGGUUGGAUGACCUUGACGAUGAGGAAGCGGCGGCUAUCCCAGAGGCUCCUCUGUCAGAGCCAACUGCAAGUGUCUUUAGCCGUCUUGCCCACGAACUUGCUGUCGUCGUCGGCAAGAUCCAGGAGCAGUGUUUCGGCCUGUUUACCGUGUCGUACGAAACAGUCUUGACACUAGACAAGGAGAUUGAUACCUGGAGGGGCAGUUUACCACCAUACUUCAACCUCAAAGAGCCUGGCACGAGCAAAGACGAACGCCUCCCCUUUUUGCCUUGGCAAAGACUUCAUCUGCAUAGCAUGUAUCACUUUGCGCGGGUGACCCUCCAUCGCCCGUUUCUUCUCCGGCAAUCGAUCACGAACAGAUACCAGCACAGCCACGACGUAUGCAUCGCGUCCGCUUGCGCAGACCUUGACAUGGGUCUCAAGCUCUUCAGCCAGCCUCUCAAUGACCGCUUGAAGUGGACCCUCGGCCCGCACAACCUCUUCAAUAGCGCUUUAGUCCUGGGUAUCAUUGCCGUCCGCGAUCCCCACUCGCGAAGGUCGCAGGCCAUUCUAGAGGAUCUGGCAGCAUACUGCGAGAUGCAAAGGAACGAUGUGUGGCUCAACGAGUUUGCCAUGGCCGAGGUCAAGAUCGUCGAGCUAUGCAUCAAGAAAGCCCGACAGUCACAACCACCACCGGCAAGCACGGUGGUACCUCUCGCUCUCGCGUCCGCUUCUCCGGGCAGGCGCCCCUCGCAACCAGUUGGGCAGAGUCAUAUGAUGCCCACGCAACCACAGCUGCCGGUUGAGAGCCCCGACUUUGAUCCUUUGAUGGCAGGUCUGGGGCUUCCGUAUAGCACAGCGAGCGCGCAGAUGACUUGGGAUGACCCGGGAUUCUUUCUACCUGAGAACGGGGACUUGUUGCAGUGGGAGCAUGUUCUUAACACCAUCAUGCAUGACCAAACAAGUAUUUGA